GCCUCCGGAGUAAAGGUCUGUGACGAAGUGAAGGACAUCAUCACUGAAAUGAAAGUAGUGAAAAGUGAUGCUGACCAGUCAGAACGUAUUAGAUUGGUUGUAUUUGAAAUCAAAGAUGGCCAUAUUGUCAUCGAGGAGGGCAAAAUCUUCCGGGAAAAAGACCUGGCAGACAAGGACAUCUUCAAAUUCUUCCUGAGCCUGCUGGAUCCUGACACAUGCCGCUACUUGCUGUACGACUGCCACUUUGAGACCAAGGAAUCCAGUAGAAAAGAGGAGCUGGUGUUUGUCAUGUGGGCUCCUGAGUCUGCACCAAUCAAGGCAAAAAUGCAGUAUGCUAGCUCAAAAGAUUCUCUUAAGAAGGUCCUGACAGGUAUCAAACAUGAGCUGCAGAUGAAUGACCUUUCAGAUUACGGAAACAGGGAUAAUUUUGGAGAGAGGAUGGGAAAAGGUGUAAUAAAAGUUGAAGGCCAUCCUGUCUCUGGCCACCACUGA